ACGCUUUCCCAUGCUUUGCUCCGUGUAAUCCUGACACUCAUUACAAGUACAUUGAGACAGACAGAAGGCCGAAGAGUAUUGUCAAAGUUUUGUUCCUUUUUUAAAUAACGAACAGGCGUUACCAUGGGGAAGGGGUGCAUCACGGCCACCAAGUACUUCCUGUUCCUGUUCAACCUCCUCUUUUUUCUGUUUGGAGCACUGAUCAUGGGCUUUGGGCUGUGGAUCCUGCUGGAUAACCAGAGCUUCAUCGCUGUGCUGCAGGAGGAGUCCAACACGCUGAAGGUGGCCUCCUAUAUGCUCAUAGGUGUGGGCUCCCUCUCCAUGCUCAUGGGCUUCCUGGGCUGUGUCGGCUCCAUCUACGAGAUCCGUUGCCUCCUUGGGCUGUACUUCACCUGCCUGCUGCUCAUCCUCAUCGCCCAGGUGACGGCCGGCGUGCUCAUCUACUUCCAGCGGGACCUGCUGAAGCAAGAGAUGGCCAUCAUCGUGAACAACAUCACUGUGCACUACACGGGUGAGAACAAGACCGCCGACGUUGCCUGGGACUACAUCCAGAAGACGAUCCAGUGCUGUGGAUGGACAGACCCUGGAAACUGGACUGACAACAUUAAGAUAAAGAACAGCUCGGAGAUACUGUAUCCCUGCUCCUGCAGAAAUGACAGCAGCAGCCCACAGCAGCCAGGGGACCUGCAGAUGACAGGACUGUGUGAAUCCCCGACCCCUCAGUGGCCAAUCUACACUAAGGGUUGCAUAACCAAUGUGGAGGACUGGCUCCUCAACAACUGUGGAGUAAUUCUGGGGAUCUGCAUCGGCGUGGCUGUGGUCGAGCUCCUGGGAAUGAUCCUUGCCAUGUGCUUGUGCAAGAGUGUCCUGCAGGAAGACUACACCAAAGUCCCCAGAUACUAAGACUGUGGAUGAAGGAGCCGUGCACCACGCAUGCAUGCACAUGUACAUACACACACACACACACACACACACACACACACACACACACACACACACAC